AUGUUAGAUAGGAGGGUUGGGAUAUCGGUUAUACGCCCACAAGCGUACAGCCUUGAUUACAAUUUAUUUUUAUUUCAGAAAAUUCACAUUUCUGGGCUUCGUCACUACUCGACAAAUCACUUAACUUCAGUUAUAGCAAUAAUAAAGCAAUAUGGCCCUUUUAGAAUUGACAAUAUAGGCUUUAACUUUCAAUUAGUCGAUGCUCAUUCAAUAAUCCAUUCAAUAGUCAGAAUCGCCUUUUAUUUAAAUUCAACAGCCAAAAAACCUCAAAAAUCUGUGGAAAUUUUUAACGAACCGGAUAUACACCCAGAGGACUUGUAUCAUAUUAAUUUGUGGUGGCUACCGACAAAAAACAACUGCCCUCUUUUCAAGUUCUGGUUGACACUUCGUUUAUCUGAUGCUUAUGGGAAAUUGUGUCCGGGUAGGGAAAAUAAAUAA